AUAAAAUGAAGUUCGUCAUUCUGACAUUGGCUCUCAUUGCAUUGAGCAUCGCUGCAGAUAUGAAUGCAUAUGAGCAGAUGAAGUUCUACCAAGGUAACAGAGAAGGAAUUAUAAAAGCUGAAGACCACAUUACCGAGCCUCUUGAAUAUGUUGAUGAUCUCCCAGAAGAAUGGAGAUGGGACAAUGUUGAUGGUAAAAAUUACCUCACAGUGAUUCACAACCAACAUGUGCCUCAAUAUUGCGGAUCCUGCUGGGCUCAGGCCUCAGCAAGUUCUAUUUCUGAUAGAAUUAAGAUCAUGAGACAAGGGGCUUGGCCAGAUAUCAACAUCGCUCCACAAGUCUUUGUAUCUUGCUCUGAUGCUGAUCGUGGAUGCAAUGGAGGAUUCCCAAUCAAUGCUUUUGCUUAUGGACAUGAUAACUUUUUGACUGACGAAACUUGCUCCAUCUACCAUGGUAGAGACGGAUCUAACGGUUAUGAAUGCUCCCCUGUUACUAAGUGCAGGAACUGUGAGCCUCACAAGCCAUGUUUCAUCCCAGAUGAGUUCAAUAUCUAUAAGGUAGGAGAUUAUGGAAAAGUUACCGGAGAAGAAGCUAUGAUGCAAGAAAUUUAUCAGAGAGGUCCAAUUGCUUGAGAAAUUGCUGUUCCUGAAGAUUUCUAUUCUGACUACAAAGGUGGUAUCUAUGAAGAUAAAACCGGAGACCUUAACCCUGUCCAUGAUAUCUCUAUUGUAGGAUAUGGAGUUGAAGAUGGAGUUAAGUAUUGGCUUGGAAGAAACUCAUGGGGAGAACACUGGGGAGAGAACGGAUUCUUUAAGGUUGUAAGAGGAAAGAAUAACAUCUUCAUUGAGAGUGACUGUGCCUUUGCUGUUCCUGUCGAUACUUGGACUGAAAACGUUAAACACAAAACAACAGAUGAGGAAAGGGAUGAUCCUAGAAAUGACUAUAAGAACGGACCGUAUCCAGGAUCUUUCAAGGAAAAUGAUCAUCCUUUAGAGACACAUCCUUGUAGACAGUCAAAUGAAUGGUAUGGAGACCAAGAAACUAACGUGCCAGAUGAUGUCAAAAAUCUUCAGACUUCUGAUCUCCCAGAUUCCAUUGACUGGAGAGACUAUAAUGGUGUGAAUUAUCUAUCAUGGACAAAGAAUCAACACAUUCCAAUUUACUGUGGAUCAUGCUGGGCUCAAGGAACUACCUCUGCCUUAGCUGAUAGAUUCAAUAUUCUCAACUGGCUAAAGAGCAAUGAUAUCAGCGAACCUCAAGUAGCUCUCUCUGCACAAGUUGUUGUAAACUGUGAGGCUGGAGGAAGCUGCAAUGGAGGCCAACCUGCAAGUGUAUACAGAUAUGCUAAGGCUAAUGGAAUCCCCCAUGCUUCCUGUGAGCAAUACAUUGCCGAGAAUGUCCAGAAGAAGACUGAUGUAUGCUCAGAUUUCAAUGUCUGUAGAGAAUGCACAGGACCUCCUCCAGAAGAAGGUGAGACUGGAUUUGAUCAUUGCUGGGCUAUUGAUUAUAAACAUUACUAUGUAUCUGGAUACAAAUCAGUUAAAGGAGCUAACGCAAUGAAGAAAGAGCUUGUUACUCAUGGUCCAAUUGCUUGUGGUGUUCAUGUUACUAAUAAAUUCGAAGCCUAUACAGGAGGAAUCUAUGAGGAAUUCAACCUUCUCCCUAUGAUUAACCAUGAAAUCUCAGUUGUUGGAUAUGGUGUAGCUGAUGAUGGAACAGAGUAUUGGAUUGGUAGAAACUCAUGGGGAACUUACUGGGGAGAGCAAGGAUUUUUCAAAAUCAGAAUGCACAAGCACAAUUUGGGAAUUGAGAAUGACUGUGUUGCUGCUUAUCCAACCUAUGAGGCUCCCAAGUUGGAAGAAACUGAAUAAUUUAUUGUCUCCUAAAUUGUUCACUUUCAAUCUU